AUGCCGAUUGCUUGCGGUUGCUGUCCACAGGAGCAGCUGGAAGCCGAGCGCCAGCGCGACAUCAUAUCCCACUUCAUACUUCGACUUGCGUUCUCUCAAAAGCCGGAACAAACCAAGUGGUUCAUACAGCAAGAAGUGGAUUUAUUCCGAUUUCGCUUCGGAAUGGAGUUGAUCAAAUUAAUGCCGAUUGCUUGCGGUUGCUGUCCACAGGAGCAGCUGGAAGCCGAGCGUCAGCGCGACAUCAUAUCCCACUUCAUACUUCGACUUGCGUUCUCUCAAAAGCCGGAGCAAACCAAGUGGUUCAUACAGCAAGAAGUGGAUUUAUUCCGAUUUCGCUUCGGAAUGGCUUCGAAGAAUCGUGAUGCAGUGAAACAGUUCCUACAAGCCAACAAAAUUGAAGCUAAACUGGUGACGGAUGCUGAAAAAGCGAGUCUGUUUGAAAAUCUCGCCGAAGCUUGCUCCAUAGCGCAUGAAAAAGUGGACACUACAGAUUUCUGGAAAGUGCCAUUCACGGAAGCGCUGGAUCUGGUUCGCAGGCGUCGCGUACUGCUAGAAUACGGCUAUGCAUUUGCUUCGGAUGAUGAUCUCCAAGUUAUACUGUGUACAAGAUUUCGUCUCAAUCUAGCUGCUGCAAUGGCUCGUACAAUUAGAUUCAUUGGCUUAACGGAAGAGGAAGAUCGAUUGUUGCCAUUUCUGAUGAAGUUAUCCAGGACAUCGUAUACUGGUAAAAGUUACGCGGGAACUGAUAUUGCACGUGUUACGCCCGAUAUGGUUGAUUCUCGUACAACUAGAUUCAUUGGCUUAACGGAAGAGGAAGAUCGAUUGUUGCCAUUUCUGACGAAGUUAUCACGGACAUCGUAUACUGGUAAAAGUUACGCGGGAACUGAUAUUGCACGUGUUACGCCCGAUAUGAUUGAUUCUCUUGCUUCAACUUCUUUCCCAUUGUGCAUGAAGGAGAUACACAGUCGCCUGCGUGCCGAUCAUCAUUUGCGGCAUGGAGCACGAAUGCAGUAUGGAUUGUUUCUAAAAGCCAUUGGUAUGACGCUGGACGACUCGCUGUCGUUUUGGCGCAGUGAAUUCACCAAAAAAAUGGAUUCAGAAAAGUUCGACAAACAAUAUGCCUACAAUAUCCGGCACAAUUACGGCAAGGAAGGGAAGCAUGCGAAUUAUUCGGCAUAUCCUUGUACAAAAAUUAUUCUGGGAGUUGCUCCCACCGCUCAGGAUUGUCACGGUUGCCCAUAUCGGCAUAGUGCUCUGGAACUGCUCACGCAGAAGUUGCAGAAUUGUGGCUUAUCGAACUUUCAGACUGAAAAAAUAAUUUCAUUAUCGAAAAGUGCGCAGUAUGAUAAGGCGUGUACACGUUAUCUCGAAUAUACGCAUCGAAUGGCCGAAAAUUCACUGGGUACGGUGAUAACGCAUCCCAAUCAGUAUUUCGAAAUCUCUCGUCAAAUUAUUGAAGGAAAACGAAGCAGGCAAGAGGAGCCGAGAGUCGAAGUUACUACUGCCACUCAGUCUCGCCAUGAACCGCAGCAAGAAAAUAUGGAAGACGACAUCGAGGAAUUGAUUAAUUGGUAG